AUGCGCCCAAUUCCAUCCAUGCUUCUUGUAGGUAUCUUACCAUUUGGAGCAAUUUUUGUUGAACUUUACUUCAUCAUGUCCUCCAUUUGGUUUUCAAAGGUUUACUACAUGUUCGGCUUCCUCUUUUUAUGUUACGGUCUCAUGAUCAUCACCUGUGCCGCUGUCACCGUUCUUAUGAUAUAUUUCUUGCUUUGUAGCGAGAAUUACCACUGGCAUUGGAGAGCAUUUAUGACGGCCGGUGCUAGCGCUGGUUACGUAUUUGCAAAUGCCAUGAUCUACUGGGUAACAAAACUACAACUUGGUGGCUUGGCGGGUAGUGUACUUUACAUUGGGUAUAGUGCAUUAAUCUCGUUUUUGUUUUUCAUCCUUACUGGUUCAAUCGGAUAUUUUGCUUGUUGGGCUUUUGUCCAGAAGAUUUAUGGAUCUAUUAAAAUCGAUUAG